CUAACUUAGAAAGUUAUUCGCCGUGUCUUCUGCAGCUGCGCGAGUCCGGACGAAACUUUCUCCGCUCUCGCUUUUCUCACCGCCUUGCGCGCCCCGGCAGCCUCGGACCGCGCUCCUCGGCCGCUCAGCCGGCCUUUCCCACUUUCGCCUUCCGAGAGGGGGGUUUCUCCAGCCCGGGAGCACAGAGACACCGACCCCGACCUUCCCCCGGGUCGCCGCGGCUUCCCGGCUCCCUUCGCAUCAUCAUCAUCAUCAUCACCACCACCACCACCAUGCGAGCCCCCGGCCUCCUGACGCUUUGCAGCCUGGCUUACCUGCUGCAUGAAGUCACCCUGACAAGACUUCCUCAAAUACAGAAUCCAAUGGUCACUGCCCCCACGAUACCAGAUGAUGACACCAACAACUUCUACACUGUUUACAGCAACCGCAAGUGCCAGAAAUGCCCACCAGGCACGUUCGUCUUUCAGCCUUGUGCUAUCCCCAGAAGUAGAGGGACUUGCCGGCCCUGUGAAAACAACACCUUUUCCAAGCUGCCGAAUUCCUUCAAGGCCUGUUUUAGUUGCAGAGCCUGCAGGAGUUUAGAUGAGGUAGAAGUCAAAAGGUGUACUGCAACCACAGAUACUGAGUGUGCUUGCAAGAAUGGUACCUUCUGCUUGCCUGACCAUGCCUGUGAAACUUGCAGUAAAUGUACGACAAGCUGUGAUCCUGGAGAAAAGAAGGUGCAGGAUUGCACUCCUACAAGUGACAUCAAGUGUGUUCCUGAUACUACCUCAUCACCUCCAACAAGUUCCCCUGGAGUAGGAGAUCAUAAAUGGAUCUGGCUCAUUGUGGCCAGUCUGGCUCUGGGGCUCUUUGCAGUGUUGGGCCUGGUAUGGUGUUGGAAAAAAAACACAAGCUUUAGAAACGCUUGCACGGGUUUCUGGAGCUCCACGAGUACCCAAUUCCUCCCAUAUCUGCAGAAGAGGUUCAGUCUGGGGCCAAGGGAAGAACGUGACAACAACAUGUUGAAUAUGCAAAGGAACCAGAGGUGCAAAAUAUUUUCAUCCAGUCGUAGCACUGCCAAUGGACAAGCACCAGACGUAAUGAUUCCAUUAAGGGCUUGCCCUCCAGAGGAAGGUCAAGGAUGUGCAGAAAUAAGGAAGUUAGUUCCUGAAAAUGGCAGGAACGCAGCAGAGACUCUGAGUCGAGCCUUUGACAACUUCAUCAACAAGGUGCCUUCAAAAGACUGGAGGAGAUUCAUGAGACUUCUCAACUUGACCGAUAACGAAAUUGACUCUGCAGCGAAUUUUUCACAAUAUGCGAAUGAGCAGCAUUAUCAAAUGCUACGGACCUGGCUGGACAAGAAUGGGCAGGCAGCCACCUUAAGUGUUCUUCUGGAGGUGCUCAAUGGCAUGGAUUUAAAGGGCAUUGCGGAAGAAGUUACAAAAGAUCUCGUUGCUCAACGUUUGUAUGUCUAUGAAGAAUAAGUUCUUAGCCAGGUGGGCCCUUCUUGAAUCCAGUGUUUGUCCACCUGGCAAAGUGAGAAGGAAAAGAUGUUGAGUUACCAGCUUCUUCUCACCAAGCCAUAUCUUGUUUACAUUUUAAAAUAUCCCAUACUAGCACAAGGCCUUCUAUGCACUGCCUUUCCAAACAGGUUUUUAUGUUGGCAGCUAGGGCUGUGCUGUACAUUAGACUCAAAAUCAAAAGAUACUUUCAGAGUAGAUGUGGAUUAUGCCAGACACAACUGUUGCCAUGUCCUUACCGAAACAGUGUCCUUUUGCGGACUUUUUCAAGUCAUCAUUCGUAAAAUACACCCUUACGUUAAGGAGGUGUCAACAGCCUGUCAUGUCUGUCUCAAAGCAGUUGGCAGUACCCUGUGUUGCCUCCUUUCUUUAUUCAGCCCAGGUUUUCUCAGGAAGGCACAACUGCCCUGUAAGCCCACAUAAAAAAAGAGGCAUUUCUUUGAAGAGGUGCCACACCAAUUUGGCUCUUGAAUGUUCAGAAAUUAUUACGCUACUGGUAAGUAUUUCUAUACCGGUGUUAUUCUGAAGGUUGUUCCAUUCUUUUCAGUACAAAUGAUGUCUUUCCCACGAAAAUUAUUUGGGCAGCCAAAUUGAUCUUUUUCGAUUACCAAUAUAAAAUCUGUAUUUUUAUUUAUUUAUUUUAAAAAACACACACACAAUUCGUCUUGGGUAAGUUUUGAUAGUUUCAGAUCUUCUUUUGGAUUUGACGUAAAACGAAAGAUAAACGUCUUUUGUUCACGUCAAAUCCAAAAGAAAAACCCGAGACUAUCAGAACUUAACCUAAGACAAAUUGUGUGUUUUUUUAAAAAAACAAAAUAAAAUACAGAAUUUAUAUUGGGAAGCCAUCUUUAUACAUGUUUAAAAAGUAUUUGGUUUUUAAAUCCUGCUGCUAUUCAGUCAUGAAAGGAACCUCCACAAAUAAGAACAAUCAUUUCACUUGAAAAGAUGGGCCAGCAUUUGCUGUUCUGUUGACACUGUGAAGUUUUUCAUAAGUUUUCUGCUGAAUUUAGCUCUCCUGGAUAGAGAAUGCCAAAUCAUCAAAACUGAUUUCUUGUAUCUAUAUCUCUGGGGUGCUGGGUGUAAAGGGGAAAAAUCCACCCUCCCUUAAUUCAAUACUGCAGAGGUCCCCAAACUAUGGCCCACAGCCCAAUAACAGACCAUGGCCUGUUUGCAACUGGGUUACGUUGAGUGGCAUGCCAGCGAGUGUACACUUGCAGCCGCACUUGCAUAAGUGGCUGGCACGCACGCAUGUGUGUGCCUGCCCCUCGUGCAAAACCAUCCUCUCUUUCCCCCACCCCCACGCCAGGUCACCAACCUGCAAAGGUUGCAGAACGCUGCAAUCCAGUAUAUUCAGGAGCUCUCCUUAAAAGACCUUUAAGAGAAUUUCUUCUGCAAGGACUAGAAAUAUUUUCUCUUUUAAAUUCAGUGAAAAUUAAAAAUCUCAAGGAACGAAAUGCUAUGCCCGAAGUUAUUUUCCAUCUCAGUUUUUAGACAAGCCAUUAUACAUUUCUCAUAAAGAAAGGAUUGUUCUUAAGUGCACUUUGGAGGUCUCUAGGAAUCUCUUUUCAGUACGAAGCCUGAAAAGACAGGACAGAAGGAUUUUCCAACUACUUGUUUACAGUUUAAUGUUAAUUUAUGUUCUACAGUGUGACAGAGCAGGAUCCAGAUCCUCACCGAGAAGAUACAUAAUAUGUUGAUGAAAUCAGCCGGAGUUAUUUAUCUUUUUAAAAAUACCCUGUUAAUUUGAGUUCCUAAAAAAUAUGUGUGUGUUUUUGUUGCCAUUACACCAAAAGAUCAAAGUAGCAUAAAAAGAAAAUGGCUGAUCUUUAAAACUAAAAUGUUGGGGGAAAAAAAUCCACCCUAACCAAAGUACUUUAAUAUGAGAUCCUAUUUCUGAUUUGCAGUAAAUAUGGCAAGGGUUUUAUUUAUGACAAUUUUAAAAAUAAGCUGAUGAAUAUUUUAUUUUGUAAAUUAUUAAUCUGGAGCAUGAGAAAGGGGAUAGUUACCCUCAUUGCACUCCGCAUAUUUACAAGCAAUUGUUUGAGGUUGUAAAUUGCGGUGCUCCAUUCUCAGUGUGCCUACAAGAUCCCCCUUGUAGGUUCAAAGUGGCCCCAAAGUCGUGUAGAACGCUAGCCCUCAUGUGCUGCCUUCCUUUCAGUGUUGAAUUCAGUUUUUGGCAUCCCACAUUUGAUUCUGGAUAAAGAAUACUUUGGUUUGAUAGUGAGCGGAUUCGGUUUCCUCUGCUCCGUGCCUUGACACUGCUAUUUGGCUAGCUUACUGUGCUUGCAGUAAUCCUUGAUACUGGACAAAAUUUGAAUGACAGUGUUAGUACAAAAGGAUUUAGGUGGGGGCGGUUUCUGCCCAUAAUUUUCAGUAUUCAACAAUUUAAUUCAAUGAGUGUGUGUGGAAGGGAAGCAGGGAGAUUACAAGGUUGGGUGGCAUCUUUUCAUUCUCCGAAGAACUGUCCCAACGGAGCUCCUGGGUAGACAACUGUUCUGGAUGAACAUCAAUGUCCAGAUAACUCAGUCACGACUUUACACCGUAACUUAUUGUUUUGGGUUAAAAUAACAUUUUUUUUAUCAGGAUGAAUUUGAAUGUGUCUUACCCUGCGGCAUUUCCAGAGGCCAGUAAAAAUGCAAGAGUGCCAGAAGAAUUCAUUUUUAUUUGGUAUGGAAUGCAGGCAAUCACUGCAGCAUUAAAGAGAAGAGGGUGCAUAUUAUGAUAGACCCUGAGCCAGAUUUUUAAAACCUUAAGUCUUCGGCAUACAUUUUGCGUGUUGUCUGUGAUGGAAGUCUUGAUGACGAAGUCCAUCUGAUUAAGUUUAUGUGGAUUUGAAAGACCGGGUCCUAUGUAAAUCUUUGAAAUGCAAUAUAUUUCCAUUCAAUGUAUUGGCUGAACCCAUAAGACGACAAGCCCAGGUCUCCUUUUUUAGCAGCUGGGAUCUGGAUCCUGCCAGAGGUGGAACAAAAAUAUUGGUGCAAAUAAUUACUCUUCAAAUUGAAGUGUGUUCCAAAGUUGUAUCUAUUUCUAGAUAUUUAUGCCUACGGUAUGUUUUUGUUUCUGUUUUCUCUUCUCUUUGACUACUUGAUUUGAAAUGUUAAACUUAAAUGCAUGAUUAUUUUAGAUAGUGGAGCUGUAGGAAAAAAUAUUUCUUCAAGUUUGUAUAAAUCCUUGUUUAAUUUAUGGACUUGUCUUUUGCUCAUUAGCAGUUGAAAUGAAAACAGGUACUUGUUGAUGAAGCUAUGUAAAGUUCCGUUUGGAAUAAAUAAAACUAUUAUUAAAAAUUA